AUGAGAUCCCCAAGAACCCUGGAGGUUUGGAAGCUAGGCACUGUGAACUAUUUGAAAUCCCUUAAACUUCAAGACAAGUUGGUUUCGGAGAGAAAAGCGAAUCUAAUCCCGGAUACCCUCCUCUCGCUUCAGCAUCCACCAACUUACACGCUCGGAAAACGUAGAACCGAUCACAACCUACUGAUCCCUGAAGCUGAACUCACGAAAAUUGGAGCUGAGCUUCAUUAUACUCAAAGAGGAGGAGAUAUCACUUUCCAUGGCCCUCGUCAAGCCAUUUUAUAUCCCAUCGUUUCCUUACGCAGCAUCGGUAUCGGUGCUAGGAACUAUGUAGAGGCGUUGGAGCGGUCGAUGAUCGAAUUUGCUUCGGUUUAUGGCGUGAAGGCUCGCGCAGGACACAAAGGUGAGACUGGGGUUUGGGUCGGAGAUAGGAAGAUGGGUGCUAUUGGGGUUCGGAUAUCCUCUGGGAUCACUUGUCACGGUUUGGCCUUUAACAUAGAUCCUGAUUUGAACUACUUCGAGCACAUUGUGCCUUGUGGAAUUGCUGAUAAAGAAGUUACAUCUUUGAGAAGAGAGACAGAUACUCUGCUUCCUUCAGACGAGGUGAUUCAUCAACAGCUGGUUUCUUGUUUCGCCAAUGUGUUUUCUUAUGAUGAUGUUGUGUGGAAAGAAGAUUCUACAGUCAUUUUGGACACCCAGGAGGAUAACGAAUAA